UGUCAGUCUUUUAAGGUUAAAAUAAUUUAAGUAGUGUCAUACAAAAAUAUUAAAUAAGUGUAAAUGUGAUAGUGUUGCUGACUAGGUAGACGUACUAUCGAAAAAAGGACCAUUUGGUCUUCGUCCUGCGUGAGAGAAUUACAAUGUUUCAAUGCAAAAUUUUACUCGAUAAUGAGAAAGCCACAUAUCACACCGACUCCCACAUCUCUGGAAUAUUUAAGUGCUUUUGCAAGCACAAUAUUAGAGUCAGAAGUGUGAGAAUUCGAUUAGAUUGCAUCGAAUACGUGAAAUGGAACAGAUGUCUUCGCUUUGUAAAGUACGACAAUUACAACGUAAUUUACUCCCACGAAGAAAUCAUUUUUACCGCGAAACGGGGAGUCAAAACCUACCGUACAGGAGAAUUCGCUUACCCCUUUCGCAUUUUCAUACCUCGCUAUUUGCCAUCAACGUUCACCCACACUUACGGAAAAGUGUUUUAUCUGAUAACAGGGACCGUAAUUCCCUUCAUUUGGAACGAUUUCAUAGACACGUCAAUAGUUGUGGUCCAAUCCCCAGUUGAACUUUACGGAAUAACUAGGAGUUUUCAAAGAGAGAAAAUCUAUUACAACGAAACGAAAUUCAAGCGCUGGAAAUACGGCAAAGAAGGGAAAUUGGUGAUGCAAGUGCGGGUGCCUCGGAUUGCGUUCGUGCCCGGCGACGUUGUUGAUGUUAAAAUUUACGUGAGGAAUGAGUCUAAUCAGACUGUAAAGAAUUUAAAAGUUAAAUUUUUGAAACGAGUCAAGUUUAAAUCGGUCAAUCCCAAAAACAAAAGUAAGAGACAUGUCGAAACGAUACUGAAGUUCAAAAAGGAAGGUAUCGGUGCUUAUAAAGAACACACCUAUGAUUUGAGAUUAAAUUUCCCGAAAGUCUUGGAUAUACCGAAUUUGUUUUCCUGUACUCUGAUUAAACUAGAGUUUUCGCUGAAAAUAUGGUGCCAAAUGCCCCCCUUUAUUCGAAAUUUCGCCAUUGAAAUCCAUCCAGAAAUGGGACACUUUUUCAGUGGGUGCGUAAGCCAGUUCCGUUUUAAAUUAGUGAAAUAAUUAUUUAAUAAACUAAUUCGUUUUUGCUUUAAGCAG